UACAGGUCCAAUGCAGAGCACUAGAGGUGAGGGUGGUGAGGGAGCAGGGGAGGAGGAGGUGAGGCCGGAAGGCUCGAGACAAACUGAAGAGGUGAGCGAGCUGCAGGAUGGAGGCGAGGAAGCAGCAGAGGACCGUGGGGCCCCGGUCCCAGCCGCUACACAGAGUGUCUCACAGAAUCAGUCAGGACCAGAGCCUGAUGACACGACCCCCCAGCUUCAGCCUGUCCACACUGGGUUGGAUGACUUCCCUGCAGCCACGAAUUCAGAAGACAUGGAGGAUCAGGAGCCGCUGCAAGAGGAGGAGGAGGAAGGGGAGGAGGAAGGGGAAGUGGAGGAUGAAGAGGAGGAGGAAGAAGAGUUCAUCGUUCUUGACUCUGAACAUCCGCUGGUCAGAAGGCAACAAGUUGCUCUGAACAGACAGCUCAGUAAUCAGCUGGAGAGGAUCGACCUGGGACUGAGGGAGAAGCUGGCAAAUGAGAAGGAAGAUGAUAAGCACCUUAAGGAGUUGGGAGUUGGGAUGUACGGGGUGCAGGAGCAGCUGGCACGGCUGCAGACCAGGCUGGAUGACCGUCAGCACACCAAGGCCGAGGCGGAGGCCAAACGUCAGCAGGCCAGGGAUCAGCUGGAGGAGAUCAAGAGACAGUAUUCCAAUAUCACCGGCCAAGACAGAAAGGACAAAGCCAACGCGUCCCAGUUACAGGCGGAGAUAGACAACCUCAUGCAGCAUCUGGUCUUCACACAAGGAGUCAGUGAAGAUCUGAGCUCCAAUGUCAAAGCCCUGAAGAACGCCAGACGCAAAGCAGGAGCUGAGAAGAACCAGGCCGAAGAGCAGAAGUUCCAGCAGGAUUUGUAUGUGGAGCGUCUUACAAAGGACAAGGAGAGGCAGACGGAGCAGAUAGCCAUGUAUGAAGCCCAGGCCAAAGCUCAGGCAGAGGAGACGCAUGCAGCCAAAGAGGCUCUCUCUGAGGCUGAGAUGGAAAUGGAGUCUCUGGUGUUGGCGCGGAACCAGCUGCUGCAGCAGUGGAGCGGCAGCCUGGUGGGCAUGAGGAGACGAGACGAGGCCUUCAGCGCCAUGCAGGACGCUGUGCGCACCGUCGAGCACCAGGUGAUCUUGCUGGACAGAGAGAUUGAAGGCUACAAGAGAUCCACCAAUGAAGAGCAGGAGGAGAAUGAGAAGCUAACUAUGCAGCUGAACUGGUCCCAUAUGGACGGGGCCACCUCCAGAAAGCUGAUCAUUCAGAAGCAGGCCCAGGGAGAGGCUCUGCAGGCGCACUACAGCUCCUGCCUGCGCACUCUGAGGGAGACGGAGCGCACCCUCGCCAGGCUCUCUAAGGAAACAAGCGCCCACCACGCUGAAGUGAUCGAUCAGAGGAGGCAGUUGCAGAAAGAGAGUGCUGUGCGUCUGGAGAUUGAGGACAAGAUCAUGACCCACAUCCAGCAGAAGCUCACCCACAACAAGGCUGCUAAGUACUCCCAACGGCUCACCAGCAGGAUAGCCACGCUCAAGAGGGAGAAGAGCUUUCGGUUGUGGCAGCUGGAGAAUGAUGUAGUGGCGGUGGGACAGGAGAUCAGCAAGGCCAGCCAACAUCUGGAGAGCCUGGGCCUCACCACGGAGGCUUUAGACGAGAAGAUCGCUAGGUCCAACAAGUUACUGACGAGCAUCCAGGCUAAGAUGUCCUCCUUUGUGACACUCAUCGCGCAAAAGCAGGCCAGCAUCGCCACAUGCAACAAAAAGAUCUAUCAAAUUGCAGCCAAAACUGGGCAUGAAGACCUGAGUCCUCUGCAAAUCAAGGUAGAGGCAAUAAGGGCUCAGAUCGAGGAGCUGGCGGUGAGAAUCAAGAGUGACCAGCAGAUCUGGAUGAUGCGUCAGGGGACUCUGGUGGCAAUGACCCACGAGAUAGAAGCCAACAGCAAGGAGAUGCUGAAACUGCAGACAGAAUACACUGCCAUGCAGCAGAAGAAAAUACGCCUGGAGGGUCAGAUUGAAGCGGAGCACCAUGAGGAGACGGAGCUGGAGAAGAAUGCCAAGAUGCUGAGAGGAGACCUGCUGAAGCUCAACACCCUGCUGAGCAAGAACUCACAGCUGAGCCAGGCGCUGGAGCAGGAGAACGCUCUGAGGGAGACAGACUUCCUGCACAGACUUAAGGAGGCAGAGCGGGAGUCUAUCCAGAUGCAGAUCAAACACGAAAGGAUCCAGGAGGAGAAGGAGAGAAUCCUAAACAGUGUGGUGGAGGCUAAGCGACAGAUAAUGCUGUGGGAGAAGAAGAUCCAGCUUGUGAAAGAGACCCGUUCAGCUGUGGACUCGGAGGUGGGCCAGGGAGACAUCCAGAUAAUGAAGGCCGAGGUACACCGUAUGGAGGUGCGACUGAACCACCAGUUGAAGCAGCAGGAGCGGCUGCUGAAGGAGAGCGAGGCGACAGUGGAGAGGAGGGAGGUCAUCGUCCUGCGCAGGGAGGCCAUGUUCCACACCUCAAAAAAAAUUACGACCAAGGGCGAGGUGAACCGCGUCACACAGGGCCUGCAGCGCAAGACCCACGACACACACAAGCGUGUGGUGGAGUAUGAGCAGGGGAUCAAGGAGCUACAGGAGGGCCAGGUGAGGCUGAGCGAGCGGCUGGCGCAGCAGAAGCAGAAGCUGUCAGAACUCUGCGGCACCAGCUACGUCCUGGACCCCGAAUUCGAAAAUCUGCAGGACACCAAAGAGAGGAACCUGGCCCACCUGGUGUCUCUGCAGAGCCGCAUGAAGAAACUGCAGGGGGUGUGUGAGGGCAGCUACCGAGCCUCGGCCACCAGCGAGUCGGUGGCAGCCGCUCUGCAGAGCCAGAUGGAGCGUGUGCGCGCCGCCGGCAUCAUCCUGCAGCGCGUGUGUGAGGAGUUCCCCCAGCACCAGGGGGCGCUCCGCAGGCUGGCGCUAGCACUGGCAGCUCGCACACAAACAGCUCGCACACAGGUCAGAGUGCAGGAGAUGUCCUGAGAGUGAGGGGAGGAGAACACAUGACCGUGAGUACAGGAGAGGAAGUGCAGAGGAUGGAGAGGGAGUAAGACAUGAGAGGGAAAGAUUAGAGAAGUGACACUCUGAGAAGAACAACAGGUCAUUUGUUUUAUGCUUUGAAUUAAGUACUGAUUGUUAAACAAUGUAAUAAAAUAAAGAAUUAUCAAACAGU